GCAACGCAAUGGCCAGGGUGCCCCUAGCCCCGCGGCUCCUAUCCCUGCUUUGGCCCAGAGGCGCUUGCCCGCACCCCACGGGGAUUGGGGUGGGGGGCGCCCGCAGGGGCUUCGCCGCUGCGUCACCGCCCGCAGCAGCACCUCCCAGCCGGCGGCUGGACCUGCGGGGCAUCUAUCCACCCCUGGCCACCCCCUUCACGGCGCAAGGCAAAGUGGAUUACGCGCGACUGGAGGAAAACCUGCGCCUCUACGCCGAGAUUCCCUUCCGAGGGCUUGUGGUACAGGGUUCCAAUGGUGAAGCUCCUUACUUGACACAGCAGGAGCGCCUAGAAGUGGUGAGACGGGUACGCCAAGCUGUGCCCAAGGAAAAACUCCUACUUGCCGGGACUGGAUGUGAAUCAACUCAGGGCACCAUUGAACUGACAGCACAGAUCGCUGACAAGGGUGCUGAUGCUGCCCUUGUGGUAACUCCUUGCUACUUCCGGGGAAGCAUGACCAGUGCGGCCUUGAUCCAUCAUUACACACAGGUGGCUGAUGCCUCUCCAAUCCCCGUGAUCUUAUACAGUGUCCCUGCUAACACGAAUCUGGAGCUGCCCAAUGAUGCUGUGUUUCGCUUGGCCCAACAUCCAAACAUUGUAGGGAUCAAGGACAGUGGUGGCAAUAUCACCCGUCUUGGGCUGUUUGUCUACAAGACCCAGCAUGAGGACUUCCAGGUACUGGCAGGAUCAGCUAGUUUUCUGCUGGCCAGCUACAUUGUAGGUGCCUCUGGAGGGGUUUGUGCGCUUGCCAAUGUGCUUGGGAUGCCAGUUUGUCAGCUUGAGCAACUAUGCCAGGCUGGCCACUGGGACGAGGCCCGUGAACUGCAGCAUCGACUCAUUGAGCCAAACAUUGCAGUAACAAGCAAGUUUGGGGUUCCAGGCCUCAAGCAGGCCAUGGAGUGGUUUGGUUUCAAGGGAGGCUUCUGUCGUGCCCCUUUGCUCCCCUUAAGUGAGUCACAAGUGAUGGAACUGCACCAGGACUUCAGCUCUAAUGGCUGGCUCUGAAGGACCAAGAUGUUCCCAGCAACGUCCAGAACUUUGCAAUGGGCAAUAGACUGCCUGCUGUAAGGUUGAGCAUCAGUUUUUACACAUGUUGCCACUUUUGAAAUACAGCUCAUUCAAAUAUAGUGUA